AUGCUGCAGGCUGCCCUCGGCCUGUCAUGGCCUUCGCAGCCUUGGCGCCUGGCUCCAGUCCUCGUCAUCUAUCCACGACCGACUCCUCCUGGCCUGUCUCGCCCACCCACCCGUUGCGGUAUAACCGCCGUCUCACAACGGCCCUCCGCCGCCGCCGCCGACGACGACGACGACGCUGCCGCUAUACAGCACCGCACCCGACUUGGCCACGCUCACUCUCGCGCCUCCAUGACCACCCCCCAGCCAUGCAUCCGCCCUCAAUGCCGCACCGCCUGUCCUGGCCAUGAAACGAUUCCUGCUGGCCUGGUCCCGCCAGCCCAGAUUCUGCAUGGCGACUCAGAUAGACUCGCGCUUGGAUGCGCCCUGCCCUCCCCGCCCCGUGUGACGCGGGAUUUGACACUGGGGAAUCCAGAUCGUCCAUGCGCCGUCUGCGGUGCCACUGCCGCUGCCAGCUGUUAUCGCGCUGCUGCUCUCACCGCACUGCCGAGCAUCGUGUCCGUCGACGUACCUUACGGCUCGCCACAGAAGACGCCAGAAACGCCCAUGCCGCCUCCCUAUCCAUGUCUCAGGCACGGCCAGUUCAACCAUCAGUCAGCCAUCAGUCAGACGCAGGGAUUGCGUGCCUCGUUUGCGGCCAGCCGUCGAUAUACAGGCUGUGCGUCUUAA